ACAGAAAACUGGAGAGUCUCACAAAUUUAAGGCACUGGACUGACAAGUCUAGUAACCUAUCAUACAAGUCCCUGCCCCUACCUCUAUGAAUUCAGGGACACUCAUCACCUGGGAGUGGAACUUCCUAGCCUCUACUGUGAAGACAUGGUGGUGUUGCCAGUUAAACCCAAUUCCCUAUCAUCCACCAUGUGGCCAAGAUGGUAAAAGUUAGAUCCAGUCUCAUUUCAAUAGCACUGGGUAGGCCAAGGUAUAGAAGGAAAAAUGAAGGAGGCCAUGGCGAAGGCAGCCUUUCAGAACCAGGGACUUUGUUGACAUGUGCAGCCACAGGCCAAGGAAGCAACAGGAUGGAAUUAUUGACAGGAAAGUCAUUAAGGAGCUCUGUGGUCUCUGUGAGAAGUGAAGAUGGCAGAAAUUGAUGGGCACAUUAAAAGAGCAAGAGGUGUGAAUGAGAGAACAAGUGUCUUUUUGGUGGUACUAGGGUUUGAACUCUGGGCUUCUUGUCUGCUAAGUAGGUGCUAUUCCACUUGAGUCAUAUCAUCGUCCCCUUCUGUGUUAGGUAUUUUUCAGAUAGGUUUUUGUACUUUUUGCUUGGAUGUUCUGGAUCAUUGUCUUCCUACCUAAGUCUCCCACAUGGCUGAAAUUAAAGGUGUAAAACACUAUAUCCAGCUUUUUAAAAGUUGUUGUUACUGAGAUGGAAUCUUGCUGUUGGUUUGCUCUACUGGGCAUAAACCAAGAUCAUACUGGUUUCUCCCUUUCAAGUAGUUGAAUUAAUUACUGGUGAGAGACAUUGUACCAGGCCAGCAAACAGGUCUUUAAUAGCCAGAAGGGGGUGAAAGGUUCUGUUGGUGGUGGUUGUGUUGGGAGAGUUUUGAGUUUAAGGUUUUAGUGGAGGUGCAGUUUUAGAUGUCAUCUAGGUGAUGACAAGAUUGAAGAUCUUGGCUUUGAUGUGAUUGACUUAAAAAUAAAGUGACAGUUAUUAGACUUAAGGGUGCUGACUCAGGAUGAGGAUGGUCUUUGUGCAGCGGAGCACUGUGUGAGCCAUGAAAAAAACAAAAAUGUAACUUGUCAGAUGAUUUUUAUUGUUGUUUUUGUCCCUUGCUUGCUGCCAGAUGGUGAAAAUUCAUUUUGUUAGUAGAUGUUACAUUUAGUUUUGUAAUCAACAGUUUAUUUUGAUUGUAUAGAAUAAUGCAAAAACUUUAGUGAAAUUGUAUGAUGAAAUUCUUACUAUACGUGUCUUAUUUGCAGGAUAUUUCAUAGGAUUGCACUUAUAUUUGCAAUUUGUUGGCCUUUUCUAAAUCAUUGUGAACAGUAUGUCCCAGCAUUUCCUUCCCAGAGAAUAAGAGAAAAGAGAUGAAGGACACUCACUUUUGUUCAAGACUGGAAAAGUAAGAAGAGCUUUCCUGCCUUUUUAAUUACCAAACUACUCUCAAUUUUCAGUGAAUCAGUCAAAGAAAGAAUGCAGUCUUUCUAUACCUGACUCAAGAAUGAACAAUCCGUCAGAAACCAGUAAACCAUCUAUGGAGAGUGGAGAUAGCAGCACAGGCACACAAACAAAUGGCCUGGACUUUCAGAAGCAGCCUGUGCCAGUUGGAGGAGCAAUCUCAACAGCCCAGGCUCAGGCUUUCCUUGGGCAUCUCCAUCAGGUCCAGCUCGCUGGAACAGGUUUACAGGCUGCUGCUCAGUCUUUAAAUGUACAGUCUAAUAAAUCUAGUGAAGAAUCGGGGGAUUCGCAGCAGCCAAGCCAGCCUUCCCAGCAGUCUUCAGUGGAGGCAGCUAUUCCCCAGACACAGCUUAUGCUGGCUGGAGGACAGAUAACUGGGCUCACUUUGACACCAGCCCAGCAACAGUUGUUACUACAACAGGCCCAGGCCCAGGCCCAGUUGCUGGCUGCUGCCGUGCAGCAGCAUUCUGCCAGCCAACAGCACAGUGCUGCUGGGGCCACAAUCUCAGCCUCUGCCGCCACGCCUAUGACGCAGAUCCCCCUGUCUCAGCCCAUACAGAUUGCACAGGACCUUCAACAGUUGCAACAGCUUCAACAGCAAAAUCUCAACCUGCAACAAUUUGUGUUGGUACAUCCGACCACCAACUUACAACCAGCACAGUUUAUCAUCUCACAGACGCCCCAGGGCCAGCAGGGUCUCCUGCAAGCGCAAAAUCUUUUAACGCAACUACCUCAGCAAAGCCAAGCCAACCUCCUACAGUCGCAGCCAAGUAUCACCCUCACCUCCCAGCCAGCAACCCCAACACGCACAAUAGCAGCAACUCCAAUUCAGACACUUCCACAGAGCCAGACAACACCAAAGCGAAUUGAUACUCCCAGUUUGGAGGAACCCAGUGACCUUGAGGAGCUUGAGCAAUUUGCCAAGACUUUCAAACAAAGACGAAUCAAACUAGGAUUCACUCAGGGUGAUGUUGGGCUCGCUAUGGGUAAACUAUAUGGAAAUGACUUCAGCCAAACUACCAUCUCUCGCUUUGAAGCCUUGAACCUCAGCUUUAAGAACAUGUGCAAGUUAAAGCCACUUUUAGAGAAGUGGCUAAAUGAUGCGGAGAACCUCUCAUCUGAUUCCACUGUCUCCAGCCCAAGUGCCCUGAAUUCUCCAGGGGUAGGAGUUGAGGGCUUGAAUCGUAGGAGGAAGAAACGCACCAGCAUAGAGACCAACAUCCGUGUGGCCUUAGAGAAGAGUUUUGUGGAGAAUCAAAAGCCUACCUCGGAAGAGAUCACCUUGAUUGCUGAACAGCUCAAUAUGGAAAAGGAGGUGAUUCGUGUUUGGUUUUGUAACCGCCGCCAGAAGGAAAAAAGAAUCAACCCACCGAGCAGUGGUGGGACCAGCAGCUCACCUAUCAAAGCAAUUUUCCCUAGCCCAACCUCACUGGUGGCAACCACACCAAGCCUUGUGACAAGCAGUACAGCAACUACCCUCACAGUCAACCCUGUCUUCCCCCUAACCAGCGCUGCAGUGACUAAUCUCUCUCUUACAGGCACUACAGACACCACCUCCAACAACACCGCCACCGUGAUUUCCACAGCUCCCCCUGCCUCCACAGCAGUCACCUCUCCCUCCCUGAGUCCUUCUCCUUCUGCCUCAGCCUCUACCACUGAAGCAUCCAGUGCCAGUGAGACCAGCACAACACAGACCACCUCCACUCCUUUGUCCUCCCCUCUUAGGGCCAGCCAGGUGAUGGUGACAGCAUCAGGCUUACAAACGGCAGCAGCUGCUGCUCUCCAAGGAGCAGCACAGUUGCCAGCAAAUGCCAGUCUUGCUGCUAUGGCUGCUGCUGCAGGACUCAACCCAGGCCUAAUGGCGCCUUCACAGUUUGCUGCUGGAGGUGCCUUACUCAGUCUCAAUCCAGGGACCUUGGGUGGUGCUCUCAGCCCAGCACUGAUGAGCAACAGUACACUGGCAACUAUUCAAGCUCUUGCUUCUGGUGGCUCUCUUCCAAUAACAUCACUGGACGCAACUGGGAACCUGGUAUUUGCCAAUGCAGGAGGAGCCCCCAACAUCGUGACUGCCCCUCUGUUCCUGAACCCUCAGAACCUCUCUCUGCUCACCAGCAACCCGGUUAGCUUGGUUUCUGCUGCCGCAGCCUCCACGGGAACCUCCACACCUGUAGCCAGCCUUCACGCCUCCUCCACCUCAGCGGAGUCCAUCCAGAACUCUCUCUUCACAGUGGCCUCUGCCAGUGGAGCUGCUUCUACCACCACCACUGCCUCUAAGGCACAGUGAGCUGGAUGGGGAGCCUUCAUCACCUACAGCAUGAUUGGGCUCCAGCCAGUUCAUAAACUGAAAAAUGUGAUGGCUUCCUUUCGUCAUGUUGUGCAGUCAAGGGAGAAGAGAAAAAUACAGAUACCAGGAAAAAAAAAAGGAUGGAGACAGGACAACAUUUGCCUAGUUUUAUAAUAAAACACUGUCUUUUCAGGAUUGAUUCACGGAUUGGAAAACUUUCUAACCAAAUAUUUAAAAAAAAAAAAAAGGAAAAGAAACAAAAAAUAAAAGAAAGGACUACUUCUCAUUUCCAGCAGUCAUGAUGACAAGUUAAGGUGGGUUACAAAUUCCAAUAUAGGAGAGAGAUUUCUUGUUUGUCUAAAUUACUUUUUUUCUUAAAAAAAUCAUUUUUAUAGGUCUGUUGUACAGGCCAUUAAGUCAUAACAAGGUGUUUAUAAUCGUAUCAAUUGUGUUGGGGGUUCCUUUCUUAACUGGUACAAUUUAGGCAGGCCUGUAUUACUGUAUCUCUAUUAUUGUUGUUUUUAUAUAUAUACACACACACAAAUAUAUACAUAUAUAUGUACAUAUAUAUGUAUAGUUUGGACAUGUUUAUCUCUUGCUCCUGGAUCCUAUUUCAGUGAGCUCCCACACUGUGGGGAGGGUGGUUUGGGGGUAAGGGGAGGCUUGCGUUCUUAAUUGCGGGGAAUGUUCUUGCUGGUUUCCUUAUCCUUGAUGACUCUUACAGAGGUGCUAGAAAAUUAUUUUCUUUUGCCACUUAUGCAAGAGGCUUGGUGCAGAAGCUGAAGGCAGUGUGUGCAAAUACUCCUACUCCACACACGCCCCUCCCCCAUCAGGUGGUGCCUUUGGAGCACUUUUGUGUAGGAAGGAAUUCCUGCUGAACUGUAGCUCUCACUCACCCCCAAAUCAUUGAACGACCCUUAGGCCCGGAUCCUGUGGUGCAACAGUGCUGCCUUCUGCUACUUUGAACGGGAACAGCUGUACAUGUUGCAGGGCAGGAUUUGGUUCCGAAGAGCAAAGACUACUGCAGACACCUAACUUGGUGGUUCUCCUAAUUUCUUAUCUCUGAAAAAUGUUCCUACUGUUUGUGUGUUUGUUCCAUUUUAUGAAAGUUUUUCACCCCAACUUUUUGGCUUACUUGGAAAAGAAAAAAAAUGUCACUGAAAUUGGGAAACUUUUCCUUUCCUCGUUCUGUAAAGAAAUUCUUCUAGACUAUAUCCACCAGUGGGUCAAUAAGAAGAGCCUGAGUUGACCUGCCACCUUUUCCUCUAGAGAGCUACAGACUCCCUACCUACUGGAUGGCUUAUAAAUUUCUUCUCAGUUCUCUGACUAACGGAGGCACUUAAUGGUCAAGCAUAGGAGCUGUUGAACCUCUGAAGGAAGAGCGAGCUGGAGUUUGCACACAGCUUAUGUGUCUCCUGGCUUGUUUCUGUUGUUCCUGUUAGGAAGAUCUAAUGAUAAAAAACACCCCUCUCUGUAGUUGAUGUAAAAAACGAUUUGCUCCUCUAAUUGUUGUUAGAGUGUUCCUAGACUACAUAAAUGAGCCUAUUGAAAAGAGGAUGAAGAGGAAUGAGGGUAAUUUAGAGAUUAAAUUCCCCUUUUUUGCCAAAAUCCUAUUACACUGUUUGUACCAAAAUGUUCCCAAAAGACUGGAUACUGCAAUGCAGCUCACACAUGUUCCCUUGCUUAUUAGUUAGUGUUUAAGGUUCCCAUUUGGUGUCUGGAGGUACUUGCUUAAAUCUCCGGUGGUCUGCACUUUGUCCUCUUUUUGAGCUGGGGGUUGAGAGAACCUACAAGUGACUUUCCUUCUGAUUGCUUUGCUUUAAGUCCACAAGGGAGCUUGGGUUUCGUAUAUUUGUCUCUCUACCGUUGCUCAGAAAGGCAGUCACACAGACACAAAUGGUUACCUUUGUUUGUGAUUCAAGUGGGAGACAGUUUUAAUUAAGAUUAGAAGUCAGAAACAUUUUAGUCCCCUUAUAAGUUUUUCUAUAGUUCCGUUUGUCUUAUUUUAUUUUUCAAAAUAUUUAUCAAUCCACUAAAUUUCCUCUUAUCUACUACUUUCCCUAAAAUCAAUGAUGAACUGCAAGCAGGGAAACUAACAGAUAGCCACCUUUAUGUGUGGUAUGGUUUUUUUUUUAAUGUUUUUGUUUUUGUUGUUUUGUAAACUUAAGCUUGAACCAAAGUCAAUUUUUAGCAAGCUGCUGUACUAAUGGACUAGUUUAUAAGGUGCAGUUCAGACACAUUGAGGAGAUAGAUGCUACUGACAAUUUCUUUUUCAUUUGUCUUUAUUAAUUUUAUGUAAAAGUUGCUGCUUGUUUUUAAUCUUUUAUGUUCGUAAGUUGUAAUAACCUCUGGGCAGACAUUAUCUUGAUUUUUUUUUAACUAGUUUGUUUAGGUUAGUGUGUACAUAGAAUGGUGUAUCAGUUACUAAUGACUCUUCCUCUCUGUCAGCUUUUUCUCUGUCGUAGAUAAAUUUAAUCUUUUAUUCUGACUUAACAUCUCUAACUUUAAUCUGUGCAAAUAAUAUUAGGGCUAUCAAUAAUACUGUAGCUGUCCACAGUAGUGAGUCCCCCCUUUGGGAGUGGAGGAAGUUAGGAGAGAGGAUUCAGGGAGGGAAAUGCUGAUACCCCACCAUACUGGAUUAGAGGUUAUAGCAUUCAUUUCCCAAAAUUGCUACCAAAGGAAGUAUCAAAUCCCAAGAGACUCCAGCCAGGUGGGUUAAGAAGAAGGAUAAGGAAUGCUGUUUUCUUCUUGCUUUUUGUAUGGUUAAAAUGAUCCCUUUUCCAAAUAAGAUUCCCCAGCAAGCUUCACUAUUAAAGAAAAUUCUUUACUUUUGUUGUCAGUACAGUAAGUGGUCUCUUAGUCUCUCCCCUGACUCUGCUCUCCAGUCAGUUUGGGAAAGGGAUUCUGCCUUUUUUGUGUGGAUUACUUAAUGAGAAUGGAUUUCUACAUGGCAUAAAAAUAUGUUGAGAAGAAGAACUAAAUACCUAGACAAAGAUAACUUUAAAUUUCCUUCUAUCACUUAGUUAAAAGUAAGUUGUGAAAUGAAAGGUACUUUUACACAUGAACACAUGAAACACUAAUAUAACUUGUUGGUAAAUUUUUAGUUUAAAAUCAGCUCUUAUCAUCAUCCUACUGAAUAUAUUGUUUCAUAAACACGUUAGUCCUUUUUAAUUUAUGUCAUCUUUUUAAAAAUCAUCUCAAAUGUGUUUUGUUUUUGUUUUUUAGUUGAGUGAACUAUCUCCUAAGCUAAGGUACUCAGACAUAACUUUAGCCACCAUUUAUGGGGGGAUCUGGAAACUAAAGGGGCCAUUUGACCAAAAAGUAUUUGGCAACAUUUCCAAGAGGAAAAGCCAAAUAGGUCAUUAUAAUUCAUAGUAUAAUUCUUGUUUCUUUCUCUUGACAUUUAUGUAAGUUUUAUCUUAACCCUCAAUUUGGUGGACACAUAUUAAGCCAAAGACUAAUUUUAAAUACAUUUAUAGGGAUACUAUAUUUGCCCAUGGUAAUGGGCCCUCCCUAGGGAGUGGUGAAUGUAAUUGUUUAAAUCCUGCUUAUCAUAAGCAAUGCAAUUUGGUCAUAAACUUUAUUUAUACACCCUGUGUAAAUUUAAAGGACGGAGUAGAAAGACCUAAGAAAGGGCUUCUCACCAGAACAAUACUGUUCUAAGAAAUAAGUGUGCUAUUAAUUUAAAUGUUUCUUAAAUUCCAUAGGCAGUUUUUCAGAAUUAACAAAAAAAAAUUGUGCCCAUUAGUACACACACUUGCUAUUAUUUAUUGUCAGAAAGGUCAGUACCAUCCCAGUUUGUACAAGUUGUUACUCAAGAGUGGAACCAAAGGAAUCCAACUUUCAAUUUGUGUAUGACCAUAUCUAUUUAUACUUUGUGGUAGCUUUAUUAGAAAUUAAUGAUUUUUUAAAAAGGGAAAAUAGCAAUUAAAAGAUUUUUAGUGUGAUUAUCUUGCCAAUUUGUUCCAUAUUAUUCACUUGUUGGGGGAAAAAAGCACAACUAUACCUCUUUUGUAUUGUUCUUUUGUUCAUUAUCCUUCAUUUACUUGGGAAGAUAGGAGAAAUAUUUUCUGUAUUAUCCAAAAGCACAGAUAAUUGCUUAACAAAGUAUUUUAUUUCAAUCCAGUCUUUAACAUUAAAUUAUGUUUCAGUUGCUGGGAAAACAGAUACAUUCACAAAUUUAGGAAAUUUGUGUCUGUUUUUAAAGUGUGAAAUUCUGAUACAGGUGAUGCAGCUAGUACAAUAAACACUUGGCUUAUAAAGUAAACCUUAUGGUUCAUAAUCUAAAAUUCUUCCAAAGCCAUAUCAUCAUCACAAAUUGUUCUUGUCUAAGAAAGAAAUAACAUCCUUGAGCUAAGAACACAGAAAGCCUUUCCCUUUUUCCCAAGAAAGGAAACAUGCUGUGCAUGUGCAGAAAGCAGAGCCUCUUGCUGGUUGCUUGCUGUGGCCCUGGUUCUGAGACUCUUCACAGACUAGCAUGCCACCUGAGAACCUUUGGUAAAGAAAGGCCUCAACCGUUCAUUACUACUAGUACUAUCUCAUUAAAUUGGCAUCUAAAUUUAAAAUGUAUUUGUUCUCUAAACUAUUUAUUAGAGCUGAAAAAUGUUAAUUUAAAAAACUAAAUGGACUGCCAGUCCUACUAAGAGAAAAAGACUAAAAGACCUGAAGCUUAAAAUUACCCUUUGGGAAGAAGUUGAUGAAUUACAUUGUUCAUAACCAUUAGAGUUCACUUUUGUGGGUAUAUGAGUAUGAACAGCAUUUAUUGCAUCACAUUGUUUAUAUAAUCAUAGCUGUUUGCAUAGCUGUUUCCAAAUCAUUUUCAGACAACUUAUAAACAGUACAUCUUUCUCUAUUUUAAUCAUCAGUUUUGAGAUGGAAGAAAAUUCCUCUUUGCCAUUCCUCCAAGAAGAAUAAUUUAACAUCAGCAUUUAGAUAGGUUUGCAUGAACAGCACCCACAAAACAAAUACGGGCUUGUACAGGAAUAGAAUAAGUUUCUUUCAUCCUUAAAGGUUGGUAAGGAAUUCAAUUCAGCUCUAUCCCUUUAUUAAUCCAAAGAGAUUAAAUGAGAUGCCCUGGAAUUUUGUAGUAACACUUUAUUCUACCAGGAAGGUAGGGAAUAUGUUUCUCGAGAGCUGACUAGUUUGUACCUAGUUUUCUAUGAACUCUAGCUUUCUUCUUCUAAGCAUUCUUAUUCAUGAAGUAGUCCUUUAUUUUGGCCCUUCUGCCCUUGUCCUUUGCUAAAAAGUAAUGGAAGUGAGUAACUUUUAUAUUGAUUCUGUAAUCUAGAUCUUUCCCUGUUCCUUCCCUUACUCUCUUUGAAUGGUGGUACCUUAAUCUAUGAGGAUCAUGCUCGUGGGUAACAGCUAAUUUCUGACACCUUCAUAAAAUACCUCAGCAUAGCUUAACAUUGUUGCAGAACUGGUUUUAAACUAAAAACCAAAUAAGGAAAAGAAAAAAAUUAUAAAUAGUGGAAAUAAUUCUAGUUGUAGUAUUUAGUUGAACUAAUGUUUAUUAUGAUUGGUAAACAUGACUGAUGCUGUAUGUAUUUGGGAUCUUGUUUAUAGGUUACAGUUUAUAGGGUUAGGGAGGGUUAGAGUUGAGGGAAAGAAGUUGAUUAUGUUAGAAUGAAAACAUUGCUCUCCUGUCCUUGUUUUUCCUUUCCAUCUAUCUUGCCAAAGGAAAUUGGACAGUCCUUGUGAUUGGGCUUGGGGAUUUCUUUUGGCCUCUCUGUGGUCUAAUCUGUAUCACAGUGUGUGGUGGCAUGCGGGUGACAUAUGGAAUGUCAAGUAAGGUCAGAGCCCCUCAGGGCCCUUCCUCUGCCUGCCAUACUUCCCACACCUGCUGGCCUCUCCUAAUGGUUCAUUACCUCUCUACAUAGCAAACGCUUAGGAAAAGGAUGAAUGUGUGCAUAUCUGGGUGUGCAUAUGAGAGAUGUAGAAACAAAUAGAAAUGUACUAAUGAAUCUGGAGAGGAGCAGAGAGGUGAUAGUUGUAUCUUAAUAUAGAAAAAUUAAAGUGAAACAAGUUAUUUUUGUCACCCUUUAUCAUAUUAUUGAAUGUUGUAUGAAUAGUCCAACCUUAGUUGCUCUUAUACCAAGGUUAGUUCUAUCUAGACCAAAAAUACAAAUAAAAGAAAAACUAAACCAAAAAGUUGAAAGCUAACCUAGUCACUUCACACCUGUCAUAAGGCAUACCUGUAAGAAUUAAUUGGUUAAUGGAAUGGAGGAAAGUAUUGUUUGAGGUGGGAAUGAGAUGAAUGAGAAAUGGUGCUGGUUUAAGAAAAAUUAAGAACCCUUUCUGCCCAUACUUCGGGACAAACUUUCUUGGCUCCCUUACUUCAGAUAUAGAUUCUAUCUCCAGAACAGCUAUUUUUUUAACUAAGUGAUCCAUCUCACAAAACUUCAGUGGGAUUUGGUUUAGAUACCAAAGAACUCUUAUGCCAUCGCUUACCUUUAUUUUUUCAAAACAGGCAAAUAGCAAAAGGCUGAAUUUUGGAAAAGUUUUGUCUCUUUUCUUCCCUUUUCCUUACCUCUACUUUUUGAAAGAAGUCUUACUGGUCAUUUUGGCUUUGAAAAAAAUGAAUUGAUUUUGUUUCACUCUGCUGGCUUUAUACAGAUGAAUAGAAUUGCUCAGUAUAGCAUUAAUGUUAUUGAAAUUGCUGAGAAACUUUGGGAAAGCAAGAUAUAGGAGUGGAACUCUUCUCUUGAAUGCUUAUCAAUGAAACCAGUACAGCCUGCUUGAGUUCAGAUAAUAUUUAGAUGUGCUAUCUCUGUCUUUUGUAAAGAAGCAUUCUCAUGACCAGCAUUGCAUGGAAAACCAAAAGAUCUUCCCUUCUUCUCCUGGAGAGCCAUUGUGUUCCACAGUGGUUUUAUGAUGUGGGCUCUUGGAAAUUGAGUAGUUGGUUGUUUAGUUGUACUAUUGAUAGAAGAGAGAGGGAGAGAGGGAAAAGACAUAUAUUGCUCUCUAAUAUAUGUUGCCGAACUUCAUGAAAGCUUUACUAAUAAUCUUAUUGUUCUAACAUUAUAUAAAAGUAGUAUUAAUGUGUGACUUGGGAAGCAUUAGGUAGAUGUAUAAGAAGAUAGAGAUGUUAAAGGUAAGAGCACUUGAAACAAAGACUGUGGGAAAACAAGGUGUACAUCAAGAACACUUGGAACAGGAAAGUGAAGCUCCCUGAGGCCUGGGAGGGAAGGUGAAGUCUAGCAUUCUUUCUGUGUCCAUGAGUCUGCCUGUACUGUGCAAGGCUCCCAACACCCCUUGCCACCUUCUAGUUUGAACCCCAGGACACUGUCAAAAAGUUAGGGCCCCCUCCCCCAAACUGAUUUACUGACAAAUAUAUAUAUAUAUAUAUAUUGAGGUCUGCUGCAAAAGUUCUCCCAUGUUGUUGUUGUUUUAAAUUUUAUUUGCUCAUUGCUGUUUUAAGUUGGCCACCACCUCACCAAAGCAGCUUAGGGCUUCUUCUAUAAAUUGGCAGUGGCACUGAAUUCUCCAACAUUAUAUCCCAAAGUCUACAAGUAGACAGCCAGAUACAGUGCUAUUGUAAAAAUGCAAUAUCUGAACACUGUCUUCAUUAAAAUUGCAAUCUCUUGAAUAGAAAUGUACGGAGCCAGCUCCCAUACAGCCCUAACAGUGUCUCAAAGUCUGAGAAGUAUAGAACAUGAAAUGCACUUUCAGAAGCUAACAUGACAGCGUCUGUUAGGAAUGCUGUAGUUGUGGGUUAGUGGUGGAGUAUAUAUCACUCCAUUCUUAAAAGAGUCUGCAAAAGGCGUGCACUUUCUAAGAAUGAAGUGGACUAGUGCUGGCCUGCAAACAAUUGGAGAAAAGAAAGGGAGGGAUCACCAGAUUAGAACCUUGACUUUCUAUAACAUAACUAGUGUGUCUCCUCUAGAAUCAGAUGGGGGGAGAGAAGACAGACUUCUUCCAGCUUCUUACCUCUGCUUGCAUGGGCGUGUGUGCAUUACUCAGUCCACAGGUGGUCUCACUCUGCAGAAGACACCUCUUCUUCCCAGAGAAGACUGGCAAUCCCCUUGUCUGUGGUUGUAGGGAAGACUAGGUGAGUAAGUGUGGGCUUUUCUGCCCACCACAGGUCCAGGAGCUGUUGUAUACCUCAUUUCUAACUCGUGACUGAGUAAACUUGCUUUAACUUCCUCUCACCCUACAGAGUUGCCAAGUCCGCCCUCCUUCCUUUCCCUCUUCUUCAGUAAAGUUGAACUCUGGCCUAUAGCAUCAUGAGACCUGUAGCCUAGGGUGGGACCCCCAAAGCCUCUGAAUGUUGCUGCUCUAAAGCUACUGCAAAUUGAGGGCAAAUUGCAAUCUUCUGUUUCUUUUUGUUGUGAGGGGUCCUCACAGGUCUCUUACCAUCUGCUUCCCUCCACCUUGCCUUAGGGCUGCCAGCUGCCCUUGCCCAUAAUUCUCACUGCUGGCCACACAUCACCUUCUGUCCUUACCUUUUUCCCUGGUGGGGUAGAGACUAACCUCUUCCCUCAAGGCCUUUGAGUGAUGAGUAUUUUCAGCACUUGAGGUAGAGGGGAAGACACCAAAGGUUCCUUUACACUAACUACUUCAUACACAUUACACUUUUUUUCCUUUUACAAGACCAAAAAAAAAUUCAAAUAUUUAAGUUUAUUAUUAUUAUUUCUAAUGUUAUUAUUUGACAAUCUUCUAUCCAAUGGGCUUUCUAGAAGCUGCAUCCCCAGCCCUUUCACCUUUUCUUUGAAUGUAGCUUUCUACCUUCAUUUCCCACCCCCGAGGUUGAAGAAAAGCUUAGCCAGGUCACAAUACUGCUGCUAUAAGCCAGGGGAGGGUGGUUUCUUUGUUUCGUUUUGUUUUGUUUUUUAUAAAAUUUCCAGCCAAAACCAAAGAUUUCUUAAUGAUUGUAUAAACUCAAAACAAACAAAAAAACCAAAGAAAAGGGAAGUCUUGAGCACCUCUCCAGUCUGUGGCGUCCUGGCACUGCUCAGCGCAACGUGAGUGGGGGCGGGGGCGGCUUGGGGUCCUCCAGCCUGUCGAAAGGGCAGUCCAGCUCUGGUCGACGGCCAGGUUUUGUGCACCUGUGUGCUCGGGAGCUUCAGCCCUUGCCAACUUGUGAGCAUGCACAAAACAAAUUGGCAUUUAAGAUUUUCCAAAACAUAAGCCAAAACUCCAUCAUCACCAUUACCAUUCUGACAACAAACCAGGGUUACCACAGGGGCUGGGAGCUGCUGCUGGAGGUGCCACGGACUCCACAGAGCGAGGAAGCUGAGGACACGGGCGCAACAUUGGCUGCUCUGCUGGGUGCUUUCCCUCUGGGGCUGGCAGACCUGCCAAGGAGCCCUUCUGAGCCUUUUCUCUCUUUUCCUUUACUGGAACUGCUUGGAGUGGCUGUCCUGUUUGUGAGAAAAUCUACAGAAUGAUUAUCAAGCUUUUCAUUUCUCUUUAUUGUAGUUUUUGUUCGCUUUUUGCAGCACCACUGUGCAACUAUGCAUUGUAUUUCACAACCUUUUGUGCUAGGUAGAUGCCUGUGACUUUUUAACUUGGGGGUGGGAGGGAUUGCAAAUGAAUGGACUUUUUACAUGAAUCUUUUUAAUCUCAGUUGAUUGGGGGUGGGGGGUAUUUGGUUCUAGGGUCAUACAAGCUCUAUCCCAAAGCAAAAUCCAAAUGUUAAUAAUAUUAGCCUGAUGCAGAUACCAAAGAUAAUUUCUUUCCUGCAGAACCUUAGACUUGUGUAUUAAGUACGAUUACCCAGCACUUGCAUUAGUCUAACCUCAGUAAUUCCAAAGCUUAGAUGUAUAUUUUGGUAUAUUUCUGGGAUAUUAAAAAAAAGUCGUUUAACUUCUUGUUUGUUUCAGUGUAAUGCUCUUAAAGUCAUAGCAUGAAAAGAAUUGAGCUGUCCUAUUCUUAGUAGUUUGAAAUAAUAGUAUUUUUGUAUGUUUUGGGUGUGUCUAUGUAUGUAUUGACAUAACAGUUUUCACUGCCUAGGUGUUCAUAAUAAAAAAGAAAAUGAAAAAGUUCUGAGUGUACAUACUAUUCUAUAACAACCCUCUACCAGGUGUCGAUUUGGAUUGAAUAGUCACUGAUUUACCCAGCUGGGGUUUGGUUUGGUUUUAAAGAGACAGUGAUCGUGUUUUUCUAAAGAUGUUUUUUUCUCUGUCUUUAAAUGUCUUUACUUCCUUACCUUCUCUUUUGUUCCUUUUCUUCUUCUUCUAAUAAUGAUUCAGGGGUGUUUUUCCACUGUUGUCUAGGGAGCAGCAUAUGGGGAACUAGCCCCAUGACCUCCCAAAGUUUUUGUUUUAUGUGCUUUAAAAUGUGAGUUUGAGUUCUUCGUGGAAACUUAAGAUGUGGUGUAAAUGAUUCUUUCCAGAAUGGUCCAGCAGCUUUAAUAAGGCAGUGGCAAUGCCUGGUAGUUUCUUGGGGGUCCUUUUACAUUUCUCCUUAGAUGGCUCUGCAGUCUGGGUGGCUAUCGUGUAGCCUCACUGCCCCAGAGUGCCUACUCCGCCAUUUCCCCUCUGCUGGGAAUAUUUUGUAAGAAUCAGCUGAUAACUUGGAGUGCUGGACCUUGUUAUUUGUGCCCCUGGGAAACACACGUUUUCUUGGUUUUGAAAACCUGAAACACAAGCAACUCUAUAGGUUGGUAAUUAGCUGAUGCCUCCUGAGGCCUGGGGAGUUGGAGGGGAGUAUGAGUGGUGCUGUCUCUGAAAAAGUGCCCUUUAUAUGACCCCCUUCCCGGGCCUCUGAGGGGCUAUCGGCUUGGGAGAGAUUGUGUCAGGUACCAGUGAAUCAGAAUGAAAUGGUAGAUUUUGUGUAGAUGCAUUUGUCUGCUGUAAUUUUUUAUAUAUAUUAAACUUACUGUAACUGUACAGUUCAUUUCUGUUGUAAAACAUCAUUAAACCAUUUUCCAAAUGUU